AUGCACAUAGUGGGCGACGAGGAGCACUAUCCUUUGUCUCCCACCGCCGCGUAUAAACCGAGCACCUACACUGUAUCUCAGGCUAUGGCCUUCGAAUCUUCAGUUGGGGCGUCCAACGUCGUCAUCGUCCAGCCUUCCAUAUAUGGUCAUGACAACUCCUGCCUGCUCGAUGCUCUGCGGGUACUGGGCCCUGGGAGGGCAAGAGGCGUCGUGGCUCUUGCGCCAGAGAACAAGACCUUUAGUAUCGUACGUCUCAGAGAAUGGCACGAGUUGGGAGUCCGGGGUGUACGUCUCAACAUCAAAUCCACCGGGGAUCUCGUUGCUCGGGAGGAUGUCGAGGUCGAGCUCCGCCGGUGUGCUGACGCCGUGCGACCCCUGGGCUGGAUCAUCCAGCUCUACAUACCUCUCAACAUGGUCAGGGCCUUGGAACAUAUUAUCCCAACAUUAGGAGUGAGAAUUUGUAUUGACCACAUGGGUGCUCCGGGACUCAAGUCUCAUCUUCCAACGAACUUGCCCCUCGACCCGUACAGCCUCGAGGGUUUCGACUCUUUGAUCAGGUUGCUUGGGGAAGGGAAUACCUUUGUCAAAAUGUCUGCCCCUUAUCGGCUUUCUGAAAACGAUGACUUUAUUGGGCAUGUCGAGCCAAUAGCUCGAGAAAUCUUACGUGUUGCCCCCAAGAGAGUUGUCUUUGCUACCGACUGGCCUCACACGAGAUUCGAGGGACUCGACAUACGGCCAUGGAUCACGGCCGUGAUCAACUGGUGCGAUGGCGACCAGCAACUUGCCGACAGCAUAUUUAGAGAUAAUGCGAAAGAGCUGUGGACCUGA